AGAGUUUUCAAUACCAGUGCUCAUCUUUCUCUGCUACCAGAGAAGCCUAGGGGCACUAAACAUUUGGGUACUGAAAGCUGGAGCUAGUUCAUAGCUUAAACCACUGCUGUAGAUACAUGGACACAUUUAUAUAAGCACUUGCAGCGGACAGCUUUCCUGCUACUGGUAGGCUGUAGCUGAUCUUAGAAAGCAGAGGAUGCUAAGGAGUCUGUUGUGGAAUUCCUGAUCGGGUUGGCUCCAAAUAGUUUGACAAACCGCUACACAUUGAUGGAGAACAGAACAAAGAAUUUUUGAAGUUGGUGUACGUACCCCUGGGUAACCUGGAGUGGCUUGCAUGACUGGGCAAAAUUCUUUCUUCAGGAGGGUUGUAACCUAUGACAAUGCACAACCAGUGAAGGAUAUUGAAGAGGACAGUAUAAAUGGAUUCAAGCUGCAAUUGGAUGCAUUUCUACAAAAGUGAAGGGGAAUGUGAUAUGCUAAGUAUAUGGGCUUAAUCCACCAACAGGCAGCAUCUGCAGUUGUUUGCAAGUGGAUCAUGUAUCUGCAGAAAAACAUAAAUGAAGGUAUAUAAACAGAACUGCUGGGAGUAGUCAGCAGAUCAACCACCAGCUGUGGAGAGACAAAUAAACAUCUCAGGGACCAAUUGGGAAUCUGAUUGAAUAACAUGAGCUGGAGUUUUCUGACACGCCUUCUUGAGGAAAUCCAUAACCACUCCACAUUCGUUGGUAAACUGUGGCUGACUGUCCUUGUUAUCUUCCGCAUUGUGCUAACGGUGGUUGGAGGAGAGUCUAUUUACUACGAUGAACAGACCAAGUUUGUUUGCAAUACCCAACAGCCAGGUUGUGAAAAUGUUUGCUACGAUGCCUUUGCCCCAUUAUCCCACGUGAGAUUCUGGGUAUUCCAGAUAAUCCUGAUUGCAACCCCAUCUAUUAUAUAUCUGGGUUACGCUGUGCACAAAAUUGCUGCUACAGAAGCUCAUGAAUACGGACAGCGGAAGCCAAAGAAACACCAGUACGCUGUGCAGUGGAAACAGCACCGUGCUUUGGAAGAAGCUGAGGAUGAUAACAUAGAGGAUCCCAUUCUAUAUCCAGAGAUAGAACUGCAUUGUGAUAAAGAGAACCAAGAUCACAAAAGCCUGACCAAGCAUGAUGGGAGGCGUCGCAUAAAAAGGGAUGGUCUAAUGAAAAUUUAUGUUUUGCAGUUGCUCGCCAGGACUGCUUUUGAGUUGAGUUUUCUUGUGGGCCAGUAUAUUUUGUAUGGCUUUGAGGUGAAUGCAAGAUAUCAGUGUGAAAGGGAUCCAUGCCCUCAUAAAGUAGACUGCUUCGUAUCCAGGCCAACAGAAAAGACCAUUUUUCUGCUAAUAAUGUACGCAGUAAGUUGCCUUUGUUUAAUAAUAGACAUAUGGGAGUUGAUUCAUUUGGGAUUUGGCAUGAUCAGGGAUAUACUGCGAAACAAGCAAAACUCAAUGACAGAGGCAAAUUACAGUUACCCAUACACGUGGAACACCCCUUCAGCUCCCCCUGGUUACAACAUUGCAGUCAAACCAGAUCAGAUUCCAUAUACAGAACUUUCAAAUGCUAAAAUGGCUUGCAAGCAAAAUAAGGCGAAUAUUGCUCAAGAGCAGCAUUAUGGUAGUAAUGAUGAGAACAUCCCAGCCAACUUGGAAAGUGUGCAGCGACAACUGAAAAUGGCUCAGGAGCGACUGGACCUGGCUUUCAAGGCUUACAAUGAGCACAGUAACUCCUCAAAUCAUCCCAAAGACAAGAAGAAGUCUGGAUCAAAUAAGAGCAGCAUAAGCAGCAAAUCUGGAGAUGGGAAAACCUCUGUGUGGAUUUGAUAACUUAUUUUGUUUCUCAACUAGUUCAGUUACUUUUGGACUUGAAGCUAACUUAUUAUGAAUGAGUAGUUCAUAUAUAUUUCUGUCAGUCAAGGUAAAUAGGCAUCUGAGAUCCAGUUCAUGAGCAAAAUGUAUUGCCUACUGCAUUUUUGGUUUAUUUUGGCUCCUUCUACAGAGGUCUAGAUUGGAACUCGCUGCACGUUAAGCUUUGUUUUGAAGGACUGUGUUUACUGUGAGGUUGCUUUUGUUAGGUAGACUUUUUGGCAAAUUAAUUACCAUUAUUGAAUUUGAUAAAAUUAUUCCUUCGAGUUGCUGUAUUGCCAAGUUGGGCAUAAGUAUUUUGAAAGUCGAAUGCAGCUUUAACUAUUCAGCCAUAUAUAAAUGCCUUGGAAAAAGGGCAAAAACAAACGGAAGAUACAGGCCAGUUGUAGUUGCAGCUAGUGUUACAUGGUUAGUGAAAGGUUAUUUGAAGAAUUUUGUGUAAAAUGUUGUUCUUUAGAUAUUUGGGUCAACAGUGCUUCUAUAUCAUUUUUGUAUAUUCAUACUUGCACGCAACAUUUUAAGGAUAAUGAUUUAUCAAGACCAGAUACUGACUUUGGUUAAGACACAUGACACAACUCUUUGAGAAUAAUGGCUGAUCCUUUGGUUAAUUCCCAUUUUGUCAAAAUUUAAGUUAUAUCUGAUUACAUUAGGUCUUCCUUGAUGUAUUGAAAUUGUUACAGGUGCAGAAUCUCUUUUGAUUCUAGUGUUGCUGUAAAGUAACAGUAAUGUUUGAUUUGAAGUGUCAUUGAUAGCAGUAUACAUUCAAGGAAUUGCACUGUCCAAGAUUUGAUUGGUAAUCAUGAUUCUACUCGCAAAGCAAUCAGGGAGUACCCUACAUAAAAAGAAGGAAGAUAAGCAACAAGCACAGAAAUGUGUUGAAAUCAAAUGGGAUAAGGUUUGAAAUUGGUACUUAGUAGAGGCACUUCAUAAAUCAAACAUUCUCUAUUUAAGAGACUGAUGAUUCUAAACUAUUUUUAUUGUUUUAAAUGCAGCUUUUUCUUACUUCUCAUCUUCAGGCAGAAGAUGUUAAGUUUUAUUUUGAGUUGUAUGCAUUGUGAGUAAAAGAGCAUGUUUCCGGAACAUAUUGUUGGUACCACAGUAUUGUACUGCAAUACAAUAUGGGAACUACAGUAUUUUGACGUGCUCCUGAAUAUGAUGCUUCUUCUGAAGAAUGAUUAUGUGCCACGAGCAGGCAAGUAUCAUAGCACCUUAGGUAGUAAGGUUUCUUGAGAGAAGACUUCCAAAUAUCUCUUUUUUUUUUCUUUUAUUUCCCUAAUUGGUUCACCAAAGUGAACGUUAUAUGAUCAGUUGUUGAGCUUUAUCAAUAUUUGCUGAAGUUGUCAAUAUGAACCAUAAAGAAACCAUCAUAUUUACUUCGGCGACUCAUCAUUUCGCUUUAGGUUGGUAUUCCAAAUCUCAUAAAAUGAUCCUCGUGGUCUGAAUGGCAGUAUUCUGAAAGCCAAUAUUGAGUGUUCUAUUGUUUAAAAGCAGAUGUUUUUAUACUUUUUGUGCAGAAUAAGUAUCAUUUUAAGGCAAAUUUGGAAUACAGGUUAUCAUAGUAUAGGUUAAUGACGCACAUUUAGGAGAAAUUUCCUUUUCUCAUCUUGGAUUUUACAUUUCUUGUAAGGAAUUUUUUGAUGAUCCACCUUAGUAUUUUUAAGAGUGGAGUUGCCAAUUUAAAAUCCGCUCUCUUUUAAAUAUUAUUUCAAAAACAGUCAACUCUGACUUCCAAGGCACCAGAUGUACCUUUUUUUUAAUGUACUGGAACAAAUUGUAACAUUGAAGAAUGCCUUUGGUUGGUUUCAGUCCAUGCAUAUAACCUUGUACUUGGCUAAAUGUUUCUGUAGGUCAAAAUGAUGGAGAAAAUGCUAGAAAUCACUGAGGAACUUUUCAGUUUAACCAUUAUUAUAUUUUUAAUGGAAAGUUUAACAUACCCUGCUGUCCGAGCCAAAAUAGUAUUAGGUACAGAGUAGUUUUGUUCCAGUUAUUUGCAGUAUUGUGAUUGCCAACAGAUUGAAAUAUGUUCUCUUCAUGGUGUAAAAGUCGCUUCUGAUUGGUUGAAAGCACCAUUGUGACUUUAAUGUUAAAGCAGUAUUCUACAAAAGGUCUCUUACCUUUCUAGCUAAAAAGGAACAUAGAUAAAACAUUAAAUAUAUUUUUAAGAACAUUGAACUGUGUAAAAAUAAGUGUACUUUUAUGUAAUUGUUUUUGAAUUUAGCCACACAGCAUAUCUUUAAUGAAGCAAUUGUAAUGCCAAAUAGGAAAACUCUCUAAUUUGGUGAUUCAAUGGGUCACUUUAUGAAAAAAAAAUACAUUGCCAUAAGGAACAGAAACAGGUGCCUUUUUGUGUUGCUGUUACCUACAAAAUACAAACUUCAUGCUGCAUUCCAUACUCUGCAGGAGACAUAUUUUGUUUCAUGGUGAAAAUGUGCAUUGUCUUUUAAUUGUGUCACACAUUUGUCUAAGGAAAUAUAACUUGUCAUUGCAAUAUCUAAGCAAAUUGUUCUAGUUUUAUAUGAUACAGAAGGAUGUUUUAAAACAUACAUGUCUUUGUAUUUGGGGAAAAAAAUGUUUGAAAGUCCGUUAUCUGCAUGUUUCAAAAAUACUUCAAAGUUAUAACAGCAAAUAGAGGUUUUGUUCUAUAUUUUGUCUGCUUUAUCUUCUUACUGGUGUGUGUUUGUGUAUUCAAACUUAAAACGGUUUCCUUCCACCAAUUUGUACGGGACAUUGCUCAACUUCCAUCUCUUGGUUUUUAGUACCAGUUUUGUUUAGGACAGGAUUUUAAGUAUACCAAUGUUCGAGCGUUGUGUUCAACUUGACACCAUAUUUUAGGAAGGGUGCAGAAAUGAUUCCUCAGAAUGAUCCCAGGGGUGAGGACUGGAGGGCAACUAACGUGGUUCCACUUUUUUCAAGAAGUUGGUAGCAAUAAGGAAUAGAGUUAUAGAGCAGUCAGUCCCACAUCAGUGGUAGGAAAAUAAGCGAAAAAAAAUUCGGAAGGAAAAUUAAUCUCCACUUAGAGAGGUAAGAUUUUAAUCAGGGGUAGUCAGCAUAUCUUUAAUGAAGCAAUUGUAAUGCCAAAUAGGAAAACUGUCUAAUUUGGUGAUUCAAUGGGUCACUUUAUGAAAAAAAAACAUUGCCAUAAGGAACAGAAACAGGUGCCUUUUUGUGAUAAGCCUCAACACUGGAGCCUCCCAAGGAUGCUGGUUUUGUCAGAGGGAGGUCAUGCCUAGCAAAUCUGUUUGAGUAUUUUGAGAAGGUGACCAAGUCUGUAGAUGAGGGUAGUGCAGUUGUGUCAUUUCUGGAUGUCAGCAAGGACUUUGACAAAGGCUGAUAGAGAAAGUAAAAGCACAUGGGAUCAGGGAUAACUUAGCACUUUAAUUGAGAUUAUGUUCAUACCCUGAGUCAGUGUCACUACAUUUGGGGAGGAAGGUGGUACUGCCUCUUCAGUGACAAGAGCUUUCAAUUAUCACUAAAUGCAAUGUUGUCUUGCCCUCUAGUGCUGUUGUCUCUCACAUGACAAUGCAUUGGUUCCUUCUUCGUGUUAUGGUGUGGUCUGCGUUCCAAGAUAUUGCUCCUGAACAGCAGGAUGUGCUCCAGACUGUGUUAAAGUUCAAGAGGUGGAGCCGUAAUGUUCAUUUGAAGCACUUUUCUCAGCUGUAUUUUCACAACGGCGUUAAGUGAGUGCAUUGGUGCCAAGGUGGUGCUUCCUCCCAAAUCCUUUUCUUUCAGGAGAGCAACAAAAAUGUCAAUUUCUGGAUGACCAACGUCAUUCCAGCACAUGCACCAUAUCUUAUUGUCUACCCCCCCCCCAAUUGCUCCGACCGCCAUAAUCAUGGAGUGCUUCAAGAGGCUGGUCAUGACCCAGCAUUCUUGCUUUCCAGCUUGCCUUGAUCCCUUGCAAUUUGCCAACUGACUUAACAGGCCCACAGUGGACACCAUUUCCCUAGCCCUACACUCAUCCCUGGAACAUGUGGACAAUGAGCACACCCACAUUAGACUCAUGUUCAUUGACAACAGCUCUGCCUUCAACAUCAUUAUCCCCUCCAGACUGAUUUCAAAACUCAGUGACCUUAGUCUCGGCUCCACCCUCUUCAACUGGAUCCUUAGCUUCCUGACCCACAGACCGCAAACAGUGGAGAUCGACAACUUCUCCUCCUCCAUGAUAAGCCUCAACACUGGAGCCUCCCAAGGAUGCUGUAUUCCCUCUACACCCAUGAUUGUGUAGCCAAAUUUCAAAUGAACAUCAUCUACAAGUUUGCUGUGACACCACUGUGGUAGGAUGCGUAUCAAACAGCGAUGCCUCAGAAUACAGAAAGGUGAUAGAGGGCUUGGUGUCAUGGUGGAAUGGUAACAACCUCUCUCAAUGUCAGCAAGACAAAACAACUUAGCAUUGAUUUCAGGAAGAAAGGAGGAGAACACACCCACAUCUACAUCAACUGAGCAGAGGUUAAGCAGGUUGAGAGUGUCAAGUUCCUAGAAGGGACAAUAACUGGACUUCUCACUUAGAUGCAAUGGUCAAGAAGGCACAACAAACUGCAGAAGGUUGUAUGCACAUCCCAGACCAUCACAGAAGCCAACCUCCCAUCCAUGGACUUCAUUUCUUGUUGCUGUAGAAAGGAUGCCAACAUGAUCAAAGCCACUUCCCACCCCGGUAAUGCUCUUCUGCAACCUCAUGCAUCAGACAGAACGUUGAACACGCACCAAACCGGUUCAGGCACAGCUUCUGUCCUGCUGCUUAUUAGACUGAUGAAUAGACUCUAACUUGAAAUAAUGUCAUUCUUGGUAAUGUUGAUCUUACUUCACACACCUCCUGUGCAAUGUAACCUGUAUGCUUCACUCUGUCCAAGCACCCUAUGCUCUGUACAACAUCGCUUACAAUGAUCUGCUUGUAUUGCUCCCAAACACAACUUUUCACU